UUAGCAACGUUCAAACGGAAGGGCGAAAAAAAUGUUCACAGGCAGCUCUAAAACCGAGGACAGUUUCUUUCCUUCACUACCUCCCAACCUCCACCCCCGGGCGUCUGGUAAGAACCUUGUAUUUGCAGCGGCGAAAUCUUAUUGACCCAAGGCAAGGACGAGAACCGGAGUGCUCAGACCUGAGCCUCCACCCACAGUCUAACUCCCUGCUUUAUAAAACAGUUGCCAGGCACUCCUGCUGCGACAUAGGACGAGAGAAACUCUGUCGACUCUCCUUCACAUACACAGCCUGAAAUACUACACAAAAAGCGGUUGGAUUCCGAGAACGAAAAAUCUUCGAGCAUCCGCGAGUUUGCUGGUCUUUGGUGUAGAGGACAUUGCCAUUUUUUGUUCGCGAACAAUAGUUUAUCCAAGGCGACAGCAUUCUGCAACUGUUACUCUGAAGCUGUUAGGUUGGUUGGUGUUCAUAAAGAAUAUCUUCUUAAACACUGAGAAAAAUCCGUCUUCCAAUUUUAAAAGAAAAAAAAUGCAGCUGAGUGUGAGCCGCUUUUUUGGAAGACCAGCGCUCUCCGUGGUUUCCAUCUUCGCGGUGCUGUCGCUUCUGAUUGGUCAAUCUCAUGGCUACGAUGACGACGAAAUGGAGCCGAUGCCAGUGCUGUACAAUUCUUGGAUGGCAGGUUCCAACAACUGCACGUGCGUGCGGGAGCUAACUGCAAUCCGAAAAGAGUUGCAGGAGGAAAUCACGUUAAGACGAGAGCUGAAGGGGGCGCUGGAGACAUAUGUCUCUGAACUGUAUGAGCUCCGAGCAGUCGUGAGGGCUUUGAGAAACAACUCUAAGAGUGGCACUCCAGAGCCAGAGAAAUACAGUCCAAACGCCCUGGCCACAUCCAAAACUGCUCCGGCCAUCUCUUUCUCCGCCAAACUGAGCUACAACCGAGAGCUCAAGCCCCUGGAUACCGUGGUGUUCGACACCAUCAUCACCAACAACGGCGAGGGCUACAGCGCCGAGACUGGCAAGUUCACGGCGCCCCUGCCAGGCACCUACAUCUUCCUCUCCACCAUCCUCUCCGGCUACAACACCAAGGUGGAGACAGCUCUCAUUAUCAACGAGAAGGAGGUAGCCCGCAUGUACUCCGGAGCACACGAUGCGCACGGAAGCGGAAGUAACGCGGCCAUCGUGAACCUGCGCAGUGGGGACAACGUCUGGGUUCGUUUGCUGUACCAAGGCGGGAACCACGUCCACGGAUACUACAGCACCUUCUCCGGGGCCAUCCUGACGGAGUUAGAGCAUGAGUGCGGUGUUUUCGUCAUGGCGGUAGUAAGUGGAAAUGACAUGAGAGUGACCGUUCUUGCUCUUCUAUUUGUGGCCACUACUGCCAGCGCCGCCUUCUGGUCAGCAUCUCCCAGCGAGACUAACAAAGGAAACGAAAUGGCAGCGGCCUCAGGUGGCGACAACCAGUACCGCGCUGUUGCACAAGGGCCGACAACCAAGGCUGUAACUCGUAACGAAAUUGUCACAACCGGCACCAUAAGUACCACCCCUGCCGUCUGCACGUGCACAACCGAACUGCACAGUCUGGAGCUGCGCGUGCGGAGCAACACUGAGCGACUGGAGAAGCUGCACAAGCAGAUGUCGGGUCUUCUGGAGGAGAUGAUCACCUUAGAGAAUGGAAUGACAGUCAUGGGGCUGGAAGGAAAAUCAGGGACCUCGCAAAACUUCAACGUCGCUUUCUCAGCUAGAGUCGGUUACAACCGUCCUUUCCUCAGUGAAACUGAGGUCAUCGUCUUCGACGAGAUCGUCAUCAACAAUGCCAACGCCUACGACCCGUCGACCGGUAAAUUCACCAGCCCACUACCCGGCGUGUAUCACUUCGAGGCGACCAUUCUGUCUGGCUUCAACACCAGCAUCGAGACGAUGAUAGUCCACAAUGGCGACGAGGUGUCGCGGCUGUACUCGGGUGCCUUCAACAACCGGGGCGUGGGCUCCAACAGUGUGGUGCUCAACAUGAGGCAAGGUGACGACGUGUGGGUUAGUGUCUUCUUCGGCAACGGCGACUACGUGCACGGACAGUGGAGCACUUUUACUGGGCAUCUUGUGCACGGCCUAGCUUGAUGCGGGCCCUGGUGUGUCAUUGACCUUUCUCUCGCUCGCUCAAUAUAUAUAUAAAACACAAAAACAUAUUUCAACAAAAUAAUGAGCCAACAAAACAACAAACAACAAAAUAAAAAAAUCAAACAUAAUAACAAAAGGAACAUGUCAACUUAAAAAUAAUAACCGUAAUGCAAAUCUGUAGAAUAUUUUUUUUACUAAAAAAAAAGUAUGAUGCGUAACAGAAAAGCUCAUUAUUUUCAAUUACGUGGAAAGAUAAUACCAAAUGUAUCAUUUUCGUAGCGUCUGAUGUGCAUAUUUGUUCAUUUUUGUUACUUAUAUAUUUAAUCUUAUAUUCUCUUGAUGUGAACGAAUAAGCUUUUUAUUGGUUGGUCUAUGAUCAAGAAAGAUUUUUUUUUUUUUUUUUUUGCACGGAAAAGAUUAUUUCCUUAAUUGUAAACCUACAUGUAUUUAUUUGAGUGGAACCACGGACAUCAUGCUUUCUAUAAAGAGAACACGUUCGUAUACAAAUUCAGAAUCAGGUAGACAUUCACCUGAGACGGGAUUGGUUUGGUAAGAAAUGAAGCAAGGUAUGAAACCAGAAGUUUGCGAUGUCUCACCUGAUUAGUUGCAUUUAAAAUUUUUAAUUGAGAAUGUAGCUUAGUUAGCACUUUAUUUAUUGCCAGUCCUUUAUACUGUUGCUUAAAAAUUAAAGCAAUAUAAAUAAUA